CCCGCCAGGUUUGGGGCGGGCUUUGGCGCCUCGCUUCCGGGAUGCCAGCGGAUGUUGGGGUUUGAAUCGGGUGUCGGUUAUGACGCUGCUGAGCCUUCGCCGUGAGGCUCGGAGCUGGCGAUGCUGCUUGCGGAGCUGCCGUAUGGUCCCUCUGUUCGAUUGCCCUAGAAGACUGAAGACCUUGAGGGUGUCAGUGGCCUUUGCUGAGUGAGGAAAAAACAUCUUUCAAGGGGAGUUCCAAAGAGUAAACAGCUAGAAGAAAGGUACUAGAAUGAAUGAAAAUACCCUCUGCCGCUUCCAAAGCCCAGCCUGUGUCCUCUGUCAACGAACUGAUGACUGUCCCGAAAAAUAUGGAGAAAAGAGAAUUUACAAGGAAUACAAUCUCACUGUUCAUUACUACUGCUUGUUGAUGUCAAGUGGAAUUUGGCAGAGGGGUGAAGAAGAUGAAGGAGUUUAUGGGUUUUUAAUCAAAGACAUUAGGAAAGAAGUAAACAGAGCUGCAAAACUGAAAUGUAAUAUCUGUAAGAAAAAAGGUGCUUCGAUUGGAUGUGUAGCACCCAAAUGCAAACGAAGUUAUCAUUUCCCUUGUGGGGUUCAAAGAGAAUGCAUUUUCCAAUUCAUGGAACACUUUGGGUCAUAUUGUUGGGAGCACCGGCCAGUUCAGAAACUUCCAUCUGAUGAAUCUAAAGGCUCUUCACAGUGCACAAUAUGCUUGGAAUUUGUUGAGCACUUUCCAAUGUACAAUAUACUGAAAAGUCCUUGCUGUAAAAAUGCUUGGUUUCAUAGAGACUGCUUGCAGUAUCAAGCUCUGAGUGCUGGGGUAUUUUUCUUUAGGUGCACAGUAUGCAAUAAUAAAGACAAAUUUCAGAAUGAAAUGUUGAGAAUGGGAAUACACAUUCCAGAAAAAGAUGCAUCCUGGGAACUCGAGGAGAAUGCGUAUCAAGAUCUUUUGCAGCGUUACCAACACUGUGACGCUAGAAGAUGUCUCUGCAGGAAUGGGAGAGACUAUAAUAAACCUGAUAGUAAAUGGGAAAUCAAAUGCUGUCAGUGUUGUGGUUCCAGUGGAACUCAUUUGGCCUGUUCCCCAAUACAGUCGUGGGAGGAAAACUGGGAAUGUCUAGAAUGCAGAAGUAUCUUCGCUAAGUCAGGGAAUUACCAAAAUCAGAAAAAACGCUCGUUGGCUACCUCAGAAAAAAUAGACGUUACUGGUCAUUUGUUGGAAGAGCCCUCUCCCAAGUGCCCCAGACAGUCACCUGGAUCCCAGCACGGCUUUCUUCUCAGCUUUUCCCCUUCCAGGUCACCAAAGAUGUUGUGCCAGAAUAGCUUGACUCCUUGUACAUUAUUAGACCUUCCAGCAUCUAAUAAGAUGGUUAUGUCCAUAUCCCCGCUGAUCAAUUCUUCAUCAAGGAAUCUGUCAGUAAGAAGAAUGCAACUAAAAAUACAAAAAAGAGAAGCUUCUAAUAUACUGAGGGAAUUAAAGUUACAGGUUAAUACAAAAACCACAAGACUGAACAUCAACAGAGACAAUAUCUGGAAUAGUGCCUUAAAAGGAUUCAGAGGGCGAAACUUCAAUCCUGCAAACACUAUGGAAGUGAAGUUCACAAAUUGCAAGGGUAGAGUAGGGACAGAUGCUUUUCAUGGAUCAAAGCAUGAGUUUUUCCAAUUAUUAAUGCUUCAUCUUCAGAAUUCAUCACUAUUUGAGGGCUCUUCCUCAAAGAACUUAUCUCUUGAUUCUCAAGCUAUAAAAGAGAAUUUAUACUAUGAAGCUGGCAAAAUGAUUGCAGUUUCUUUGGUUCAUGUUGGUGUACCUCCCAGUUUCUUUUCCAAAACUCUGUUUAACUGUCUUGUUUAUGGACCAGAGAAUGUGAAACCAAAAGUGGAAGAUGUUGCAGAUUUUGAUGUAGCACAAACAAUAAAAACGAUAAAAUCAUCAAGAACUCUGGCCAGCUUAAAAUCUACAAUAAGUGACUGCUAUGAAUACCUUACUAUUGCUGGAUGUUUAAGACCUAUGACAACUCUAAGUGAUAAGGAUAUGUUGGUGAACGACUUACUGAUCUAUCAUGUAAUUAAGCGAGUUCAUUCACCUUUUGAAAGCUUUAGGCAAGGUUUGAAAACUCUUGGUGUACUGGAAAAAAUACAAAUGCAUCCUGAUGCGUUCUCUAGCAUAUUGUGUCACAAACCCGAGAGACUUUCAGCAAGAAUUCUUGGUGAUCUCUUUACAAUCCACUGUUUAUCAGGUGUAAACAAAGUCAAAGGUGUUGAUUUCUGGAUGGGUUAUUUACAAGAUGUGGAAGGUGGUGAGUCUGCAGCAACACUGGAAGAUAUUCUUGUCUUUGCAACUGGUACCAGUUCUAUCCCACCCAUUGGUUUUGAGCCUGACCCCUCAGUUAAAUUUCUGCAUAUAAAAUACCCUGUUGGAAACAGACAACUUAACUGCUUAGAACUUCCAAUAACAAAGACGUAUGAGCAGUUUAAAAACAAAAUGGACUUUGCCAUCAGCAGCACACUAAGACUAGAAGUCGAAUAAAUUUUUUUUGUUACUAAAGUCGAUGUUGCAAAUUCAGUUUUUCUGUUUGUGGGAUGUUUCUUGUGAGCUGCUAUUACAUUUCCGAGCAUUGACACACUGUUUUCCCAUCUCAGUUUUCCCCCACUGGUUUACAAAAAUUGCUUUUGUUGUUUGUCCAUAAUAUUGCUCUGGUUUGGAAUUUACCCGAUAGUCUCAGCCCAAAGAGGAUUUUUGUAAUCGGUCAUUUUAAAUUACAAAGCUGUUUUAAAAAGUUAUAUUGGUUUAAUGCAUAUGCUCACAAAUCGAACUUGUUUGGAGUUUUUUCAAGUGGAAAAUUAUAAAUGGACAAGUUACUAGACCAAUAGGCUAAAAAUAUAUUUAAAUUUGGAAAGUCAGUAGUUAAUGUACUUGGGUGCUGAACUUUUGAAGAUUAUACUACAAGUUAUAGAAAUUAAAAUUGAUAUAAAGACAUUUUCAGGCUCAGAUUGGGUAUGUAAUAUUUUUAAUAUCUAUUGAAUCAUGUUCUUGUUGAAGUCAGAGUUUUCCCCUUGAUUUCAAGGGGAACUGUCAGGAUCACACUUAAACUGCCAAUUUUGCUAUAGAUAAAUAUGCAAGGUUAUAAGCAUUUUCAGCAUGCUGUUCCCUAUCAGUAAGUAUAGGUAAUGCUCUACACAUUGCGGUAACAUGAUUUAUCAAAGUCAAAGCAGGCACAUUUUAAGGGUGAUCAGCUCUAGAUUUUUAUAAUGUCUUUGAAAUAGCGGUGAUGGGGCACUGCAUCAGUUCUUCUGUGGGUGUUUUUUCAGUUUAAUGACAUUCAGUAAAUAUUUUUUCCUUUUUAAAUAUUAAUGAUGUGUUCAAUCCACAAAAUACAGAAAAUUUGGAGUUUAAGGCUAUUAUACUGUGUCCUUGGAGAAAUCAACCACAGUUCAGGGGAGACCGAGGAAAAUAAUGAAGUUUGAGAACUAAAUUUGCUUUUACUCUAAAUUUCUUGAUUCUUCGGGAUUUAAAUCAAAUCUUUGUCAUUUUCACAUAGAUUUUUAUAUAUCAGUGUUACACUAUAAAUUGUUAUGCAGAGUCAAAGGAAUAAAUAAAAUUCAGAAGUAAAA